CUAUUGAAUCCCAAUAGAUAUCCCAUAAUUUAAUUUGUACAACGUGCAAUACGUGCCAAUGUCAAAUUUACCCCGAACCAUUCUAUAUUAAAUGGAUAAACCGUUUCUUUUGUUACAGAGGUAGACAUCAACGGGACGUGCUUCUUCACAGAACAAUGCGAAAACAGGGUCGACCAGACGGAGUGCAGGGAUGGAAGAUGCGCUUGCAGGUUCGAAAUGAUUCCAACUCUUAACAAGAACAACAAAAUAGAAUGUGUGGCAAGCUACGAACCUCCUGCACCUGUCCAGUACAUCGAUCCGGCCAUGAUAGGCGUGUUAGUCGGUAUGGCGCUCAUGUUUGUCAUCAUCUGUGUCGUCCUAAGAUUAUUUAGCAAGGCACGAUGGAGAGAAAACAGGACCAUAUUCAACACGCCGAACCCCAGGCUAAUGAACGUGUCACUCCUGCGGGACAACAAGGCUCCCGGUGAGAGGAGAGGCAGCAAGGGGGCGCCCAGCAGGCAGCCAAGUUUGGCCUCCCUCAGACCCCAAUCUCCUGCCGCUCAAUCUCAGGGGUCUCGAGUAUCUCCUAGGGGUUCACUGCGUGGCUCGAGGAGCAGCAGUGGCUCGGCAAAGUCCCCAACGACAAACGUGCAGCAGCCACCCCAGCAACCCCAACCAGUUCAGCCAAGUCACGAUGUUGAGAUGUUGCCGAAUUCUAUAGGGUGAGUUGACGAGCUGGCAAAAAUCCGUCUCUACUUCGCAGUUGCUUUCGUAUCUUAAACAUUAAGCCUUUGGGACCAGCCUUUACUUAUUUCGCACUUGGGCACAGAAUAUCAAUUGUAACUUUUCAAGAAGCUUAUGUGCUGUGGCAAAUAUCAAUCACUUAAAACCACUUGUGGAGAUUUUUCAUGAAUACUUCUAUCUUUUAGAGUUUAAAAAAAAAUUGGUUUAUUCAUAUUUUUUUAAAUUGAUUUUUUCUAAUAAUGAAGCACAAUAAGAAUCUAUUUUAACAAAUUAGUCAGCUCUUUGCUUUCCCAACUAGAGCAAAACAGAACCUAUUUAUAAUUAUGUGAGAAUGAAUAAAUUGUAAGAAUAUUAGUUUGAAAUAAGUCAAUUUAGUAAAAGAUAGUUACUUAAAUAAAGCUCUUUCAACUUUUUUAAAGCAAAGACUAAUAAUAUAUAUUCAAUGAGUGUAGAGAUUUGAUUAGAAAAGAUGGUGGAUGAAAGGUUUAGACAGAAUAGAAACGGUUUGUUACUGCUAUCGACUAUUAACAAGAAUUUUUAAUCAUAUUAGAGUGAUUAUUGAGAUUAGAAUAAAAUAAUAUUCUAUUGGCUGGUUCCCAUAGCCUACCAAUCUUUGGCUUUUAGGUAAUUUGACCAGUCAAAUAAUAUAACUACAAAAAGUUAAUUACAUUAUGCCAUUUAAUAGCUUUAAACUAGAUGGAAACUUGAAAAAUCACAUAUUUAUUUUUUUCACAAUUUUGAAGUUUAUUAGUGCCUAAGAACCUUAAACUAUUGAGCUAAGUUUAGUUGGUACAAAAAUUAAUAUUCAGUGUGUCUAUGAAUUAGUGUUUAUCUUUCUAUUAAAAAAAAAAA